AUGGUUUGUAAAAAGUAUCACUCAACAAUGGAAAGGUUCCACUCAAACCCAAUUCCCCUCACACAAAAGACAAUUAAAUAUUUCCCUCACAUUGAGUCUCUCAAUAUUUGGUCCAAACUCGAUGAAUUGUUUGGUAAUGAAUUUAUUGGAGACAAUACAAUCGAUGUUGCACAAACGUGUUGUACAUCACCAAACAACACUCAUAACACUAAAAUAUCGUUUUUUGAAAUACUCAUUUGGUACAAAGUGUCAUACACUUUCACACAGCACAAAAAAUCAACAAAUUACAAAUUCAAGAACAUCUGUCUUGAACACACAGACAGACAACAUUUGUCUUCCCAGAUACCCCGUGUGAAUAGCAUUGGUGACAAAUGCUUUUACAAAAGUACAUUUCUCAAUGAAGUGACACUUCCACAAACACUCACGUCGCUUGGGGAGUACUCCUUUGCAAAUUGUGAUAAACUGACAUCAAUACUUUUAUCUCACAAUUUGUGUCACAUUGGUAAAAACACUUUUGAAAAUUGCACUUCACUCGUUUGUGUUGUUCUUCCAGACACAAUCAAAACCAUUCCCACUUCAUGUUUCCAGAACUGUGUUUGUUUGGCCGUUGUGACAUUUUCAAGACAACUUGAGAAAAUAGGAAACAACGCCUUUUGCUGUUGUUCGAGUCUUGAAAUUGUUGAAAUACCGCCAACUACAAAUUGUGUUGGGAAGUAUUGUUUUCACAAUUGUACUCGUCUGCGUCAAGUCAACAUCCCAAAUGGUGUCAAAGUACUUGAAGAGAACACAUUCUGCUGCAACGCGUUUACUCAAAUUGACAUUCCAGAGGGAGUGACUGAAAUUGGCGAUCAGUGCUUUUAUGGGUGUAAAUACUUAGAAAGUGUUGUUGUGCCUGACAGUGUCCGCCGUCUUGGCAAUUUCUGCUUUUAUGGGUGUCGAGAACUGCGUGAAAUCAAAAUUGGAAACAACGUGGAAAGUGUUGGGGAUUUCUGCUUUGGUGUGUGCACAUCACUCACAAGAAUGACCACACAACACACUGUUUUUACCCUCUGUGAGAAGUUGUUUGAUAAAAACAUUGUGUUUUGCAAUGAUAACAACUGCGUUGUGUAUAAAUUGUGA